GGGCGCCACCGACACAUUGUGAUCAACGGGUCAGAAUUGGAUAAAACGCGCAGCGAGUUCCUCACUGCCGAGAACAGACGGCGCCAACAAAGUAAGGGCAACUAUCAACUACCAACUACUCCAACAUCAACUACCAACUACUCCAACAUCAACUUCCAACAUCAUCACCGUCAAACCACCAAAUGCCCCAGAUCACGGAGCUCUUCGACUCGUUCCCCCACGAUGAAAACGUGCGGAAAAUCGUCCGCGACGAAGACGGGCUCUUCACGGUCCCGCAAUUCCAAGGACCGAUCAAGCUGCUCCAGCACGAGAACAUUGGCAAAGUGCAUUUCCCAGUCAUCUUCGAGCCCUCGAAAUUCGCACCACCAAUGGGCGUGUACGAGAGCCAGUUCCUGCGGCUGGAGUGGCAGAAGAUGAACUUCCGGCAGCCCUUCUACCACCGCAACGCCGACGUCGACGAGAUGUCGUACCAGGUGUACGGCGGCCGAACGCUGAUGACGGAGCAGGGGAGCGUGGAUCUGCGCCCGGGCGACUUCUCGCGCAUCCCUGUUGGCGCGGCGCACGACAACUGCGGCCGCGAGGAGAUCCACUUGCUGUUCUACGUGCACCCCGAGAUUACAGACUGCGGCCCAGUGGACCGGACGGCGACGUUUGCGCUCCCGCCGUACGAGGGCUGGGAGUCCAAGCAGGUCGCCGAGGUGCUGACAAACUGCCUCGGCGGGCCGGAGUGCGACAUUGCUGCGUCGAUGAACGACGAGACGCUCAUCCUCAAGCACGCCGAGGGCCUCUGCAGUGCGGAUCUGAUGCCUGUGCUGCGAGCCCCGGAGGAUGCGCAGGGUACGACGUGGAUGUACAAGGGAAGCGACGUCUGGAUCGGGCUUGCGCGGGGCGAGGCGGCAGACGGCGCAGCGUCGUCGGAGCGGACAUACCGACGCCACAGAUGCUGCGAGGAGAUCCAGUGCCAGAUCAAGGGGUCCAGGACUGUUGUCUCGCAGCGCGGGAUCAUCAAGCUCGCGCCGGGAGACUUUGUGAGCAUCCCCGUCGGCGUUGCGUUUACAGAGAUUGUGCACGAGAAGAGCGAACACGUCGUUGUUUUGACGGCCAGGCCGGCGCCGAACAAGGCACCGUUGGUGGGCAAGGCGGAGGACAGCACUGUGGAGCGGGUGAGACAGCUGUUCCCGUAGACGUGUGUUGGCGACUGUAUUCCAUAGACGUCCAAUCCACAGCUUGUGUAUUCCACAGAAGUCCAUUCCACAGACGUCCAUUCCAC